GUUUCCUCUUGUAACAAGAUGGUGGUUGAGUGAGUCAGGCCUUCAGGAUUAUCCGUGUCAUCGAGAGGUAAACUCGGGAUUAGCGGCAGCCCAGCUCUUCAGGUCUUGUGGUUAGAGUGAGACAGGCAGCAGCAAAAUGCCUCAAAACGAAUAUGUUGAAUUACACCGUAAGCGAUAUGGCUAUCGCUUGGACUACCAUGAGAAGAAAAGGAAGAAGGAGAGCCGUGAAGCGCAUGAACGUUCUCACAAAGCCAAGAAAAUGAUCGGUCUGAAGGCCAAAUUGUACCACAAACAGCGCCAUUCAGAAAAAAUACAGAUGAAGAAGACCCUCAAAAUGCAUGAACAGAGAAACACAAAACAGAAGAAUGAUGAGAAGACACCAGAAGGAGCUGUACCAGCCUAUCUGCUUGACAGAGAGGGCCAAUCCCGUGCUAAAGUCCUAUCCAACAUGAUCAAACAAAAGAGAAAAGAAAAAGCUGGUAAAUGGGAAGUACCUUUGCCAAAAGUCCGUGCUCAAGGAGAAACUGAAGUGCUGAAAGUUCUCCGCACUGGUAAAAGGAAGAAGAAAGCUUGGAAGAGAAUGGUCACCAAAGUCUGCUUUGUUGGAGAUGGAUUCACUCGGAAACCUCCUAAAUAUGAAAGGUUCAUCAGACCGAUGGGUUUACGUUUUAAGAAGGCCCAUGUAACCCAUCCAGAACUCAAGGCCACCUUCUGUUUACCGAUACUUGGUGUUAAGAAGAAUCCGUCAUCACCUUUAUAUACAACAUUAGGGGUUAUUACUAAAGGUACUGUCAUUGAAGUGAACGUAAGUGAACUUGGCUUAGUCACACAAGGAGGCAAAGUUGUCUGGGGUAAAUAUGCACAAGUAACAAAUAACCCAGAAAAUGAUGGCUGCAUUAAUGCAGUUCUGCUGGUUUAAAUCACCAGAGCACAGAACUGUGACAUGGAUGUUAAAUGGACUUGGGCAUAAUGUCAACCUUUUAUUUUGAAACCAAAGCAAACUAAUUGCAAGGAUAGAAUUAUUCUGUUUAUGAAGACCUGACUAUAUUUGAUCUCUGAUGCACGAUCCACAAAAAAGCAAAAACAGCAUUUUGUACUUCUGUAUUUUUGUUAUUUACAAAUCGGCUUAAAAUGAUGAAAGACGAGAGAGAAUAAAGAACCAUCUUUCA